AUGGAUCUAAUCGAAUAUUUGAUUAAACAAGGAAAAAAAUCUUGGACACAAGAAAAAACUAAAGAAGAAUUAAUAGAAAUUGCUAAUAUAUUAGCAAAAGAAACAAAAUUCUUGGACACGCAUACCAUCAAAGACGUUCGAAAAUACUUACGUGAAUACGUUGAUAAACAAAAAGAAAAAAUUCGUACAGUCCGCUUAAUCACUAGUCCUAGUUCUAUUAGCACAAUGAAUUCUAUCACUACUUUGGAAGUUUUCACCGGUGAAAAUUUGAAUGCGUACCAGCAACAAUUUGAAUGUUUCAUAGUUCUAAACGACAUCCCAGAGGAAAAGAAGGUCCCAUUACUUAUAACAAAACUUAGCACAAACGUUUAUGAUUUAUUGACCACAUUAUGCACACCCAUAUCGCCGGUUACCGAAACAUAUAAUAAUAUUUGCGAAAAACUGAGAAAAUACUAUCACCCAUUAAAAAAUUAUGCCCUUUAUCAAGCAGAAUUUCGAAGCAGAUGUCAAAAACCUAAUGAAACAAUAGAUCAGUAUAUUAUGGAAUUAAAGAGACUGUCUAAAUAUUGCAAUUUCAAAAAUUUAAAUGAAGAAAUAAAGGAAAGAUUACUAAAUGGUACUUACUGUGAUUCAGUUAAAUUUGAACUGUUGAAACAAGCCGAUCAGCCAUUAGAAAGUUUAAUUAACGUUGGAAAAACUGUGGAGACAGCAUAUAAGUUGGUUUUUAAUAAUGAAAAAGAGCAGGAAAAAUCACAAAUGUUUAAAAUACAAGGCAAAUAUUUUAACAGAAACCAUAGUGUUAUAGCUAGGCAAAAUGUAAACCCAGCCAUCCAGCAGAGUAUCACAUGUUUUUGUUGUGGUAAAAAUGGACACAUUAAAGCACAUUGUACCCUACGAGAAAAAUUUUGCAGUGAAUGUGGUGUAAAAGGCCAUAUCUUUAAAGUGUGUAGAAAAAAUAAGAAAAUAAAAGUAAAAAAUUUAAAUGUAGUGCAAAAAUUUAAUUCAGAAAAUAGUGAUGUAAAUUCGGAUAAAAACCUCCCCAUUAAAGACAUUGAAAACUUUGAUAUCUUCUGUUUUAGUAAUACAGGAAAAGUUCCAUCAACUACUUUAAAGAUCUUUGUAAAUGGAAAGGUACUAGAGUUUGAGGUUGACACUGGGGCUGAUGUAAGUACUAUUACUUUACUCGAUAAAAACAAGUUAUUCCCGGAGCUAGAGAUAAAAAAAAUGUAA